AUGCAAGUCGGAUGCACCUAUUGCGCUCUUUGUUGGCCUUGUGCACCUGCUACACGUUCUGAAGACCCCCAACAUUCCCGACAAGGCCAUCGGCACCUACCAGACAGAGUGGACAUCACCCGUGUCAUGGGGCAGGUGCAAAACACCUGCGAGAAGUUGAACGCGCACUAUGUGGAGUACGGGGUGAACUUCGCGGAGGACAGCGAACACCUCACUGCCUUCCUCGAAGCGCACUCCCAUCCGUCCAAGCGGGUGGUCCAGGUGGAGGGGAUGGAUGGAGACGGCAACGACGUCAAACACACCUUCAAGCUGCACGAGCUGGAUGCGAAGAAGAAAGAGGAUCCCUCGGGUGACGUCGAGUCCUGCGUGUCCCUCGCCACCCUGUUUGCGAAGGAGGUGAUCAGCAGGCUACAGUACCGCAUGCGAAGCUUGAAGUCCCUCGUUGGGUCCAAGCUAUUUCUGCCAGACACAUAUCCGGAUGGCGUGGACAAGCGCGAUCGUCUGUGCGCGGAGUGGUUCAGUUCCCUUCGCAAGAUGUUCAACGCCGAGCAGUGCGCUCUGCCAGGUACGUGUUUUCAAAUUCCGUGUUGUCCCUAA